AGAGAGAGAGAGAGAGCGCAGAAGCAGAAGUGGCAUUUUCUCAACCUCUGUAUCCGCAUCCCCAUCCGGUCUCUUGGGUCACAUUCUCAACCACAUCUCUCUCUCCCUGCCUUUCUUCGUGUGAAAUCCACUCUAGACAAUAGUUUGUGGCCUCCUUUUUGUCCCACCCAACCUCUCCCUUGUGGCUCUCACUACCUGCGAUUCCAUUCCCUUGUGUUGUUCGACCAUUCCCAGACUCUUUUAUUCCUUGAAACCCAUUUCAAACUCUCGUCCAACGCCUGCGUUUUGGGACCCAUUCAUCUCUCUUUUCAUGGAUGUGAUUGUCUGAGACGUGCGACCAACUCUCCUGGUAUUGGGUAACGGGUUUCGAUCGAUUUAGCUCUUAUUUCGUCUGGUUCUGAUAGUGACAGUGGAAAUCCGCUCCAGUAAGUUUUCUGUUCCUGUUCAAUCCGCUCAAGUGGGCUCUGUUCUGUUUGACAAACACGUUUAAUUGCAAAUAUGGGGGAUGUCGCAAAGGACUUGGCUUCUGGGACUGUUGGAGGAGCAGCACAAUUGAUUGUUGGGCACCCCUUUGACACCAUUAAGGUCAAGCUUCAGAGCCAGCCUGCUCCACUUCCAGGCCAACCUCCCAAGUAUGCAGGUGCAAUGGAUGCUGUCAGGCAAACGUUAGCUGCGGAAGGCCCUAGAGGUUUGUACAAGGGUAUGGGGGCUCCACUGGCCACUGUGGCUGCCUUCAACGCUGUCCUCUUCUCUGUGAGGGGACAAAUGGAGGCAUUAUUGCGGUCUCAGCCUGGUGCCCCCCUUACGGUUAACCAGCAAAUUGUUUGUGGGGCAGGUGCUGGAGUUGCUGUUUCCUUUUUAGCUUGUCCUACUGAAUUGAUCAAGUGCAGGUUGCAAGCCCAGAGUGCAUUGGCAGGUUCCACUUCAGCCAGUCCGGCAGUGAAGUAUGGAGGACCAAUGGAUGUGGCUAGGCAUGUUCUCAGAUCAGAAGGUGGUGUGAGGGGUCUCUUCAAAGGAUUGGUUCCUACAAUGGCACGCGAGGUUCCCGGAAAUGCUGCGAUGUUUGGUGUCUAUGAAGCUCUGAAGCAGUUUUUUGCAGGUAGCCAGGACACAUCUAAAUUGGUAAGAGGCUCUUUGAUUGUGGCUGGAGGCUUAGCUGGAGCUUCCUUCUGGUUCUCAGUCUACCCAACCGAUGUUGUCAAGAGUGUACUUCAGGUAGACGAUUACAAAAAUCCCAAGUUCUCUGGAUCAGUUGAUGCAUUUAGAAAGAUCCUUGCCUCGGAGGGAGUUAAAGGUCUGUAUAAGGGGUUUGGACCUGCCAUGGCCAGAAGUGUUCCUGCAAAUGCUGCAUGCUUCUUAGCAUACGAGGUGACAAGGUCUAGUUUGGGAUAAUUGGUUCUUUAGGUUUUAUUGGUAGAAUGUUUUUUUCGAUUUGUUUGGCAAUGCUGGCAUGCUCUUUGUAUUCUGUAAUUUCAUUCUGUUGCUGGAAGAAGGAUGCACCAGUUGCUAAACCUGCUUUUCAAAUUUUCA